CGGUGAAAGAAAAUACGCAAUAAUUGUGAAACGACUACAAGUGAAAAUUUAAAAAGAAGCAAAAGAAGUUAAAUAUUGAAAAUAUGAUACAAUCCUAAUAAAAAUAAAACUGCACCAAUUCUAAAAUUGAAACCAAUUAAAAAUUCGCGCAUGUCUCACGCGGCAAUGACAGCAACAACAACAGCAAUCAAGUCGUCGACGUCUUUGUCGCUCAGAGUUUGCAAAAUGAAAUACUAUUGCGUUGCUCUGUGCGUGCUAAUUUUGUUAUUGGGCGGUACGAUUGCAUCAGCCUCAGCAUCAAAACAAAAUCAAAGCAAAGGUGCGAAUGCCGACUCUGCAGAAGUUGUGAGCAGUGAUGAGGACAAGGCGGAUUGUACGGAUCUUGCCCGUGACGAGGAGGCUUUAAUGGUAUUUUCAACGCUAGGCGGUGGUCUAACUGCAAUCGAUCCGACGACAAGCGAAAUACGCUGGACUAUAGCAGAUGAUCCGCCUAUUGUUGCAGAGCCGCAGGAAAAUGUGCAUGUGCCGCAUUAUUUGCCUGAUCCUAGAGAUGGCAGCAUUUAUCAGUUAGGACAAAUGGGCAGUCUAAAGAAGUUGCCCUACACUAUACCACAGCUGGUGGCCAAUGCGCCUUGUCGCUCAUCCGAUGGCAUUUUGUACUCGGGCAAAAAGAGCGACACUUGGUAUAUGAUUGAUCCAAAGACAGGACGACGUGAAAAGGUUAUGGGCUUUGGUGAUGCCAGCAUGGAUGGCACAGAGGAUGAGCAAAUUGGCUGGGCAACAUCGCGUGCUAUUUACUUGGGACGCACGCAGUACACGGUUAUGAUGUACGACAGUUUGGCUAAAGAUAAAAAUGUCAAACCCUGGAAUAUUACUUUUUAUGAUUAUAAUGCGUUAAGUGCGCCACCAGAGCUGGCGAAGGAGUAUGAGUAUAUACACUUGACCAGCACUAGCAGCGGACAAAUUGUUACACUAGAUCGCAAGCAGGGCAAAUUUCUAUGGCAACGUGAUCUAAGCAGUCCGGUAGUUGCUGCUUUUCUGCUAGGACCCGAUGGUUUGCUAAGCGUGCCCUUUACCACUGUAUCCGAUGAAGCUUAUCAAGCUAUAUUGGAAGAGUCUAAAAUAGGCAAUGUUAAUACUGUUAAACUAUUUCAAUCGCUGUAUGUGGGCGAGCAUCAGAAUGGACUUUAUGCACUACCCUCGCUGGUGGACAAGAAUACGCCGCGUAUUUCAACUACGCCUGCCAUUAAGCUGCUGGAUGGACCUGCUGCUGAGCAAAACAACAAUCAAGCAGCUGAUCCACGCACUAUUUACAUAAAUGACAUGCUGCAGGACAAUCCUGGCAUUAUGCUGGGUCAUUACAAUAUGCCCAAUGAUGGCAAUUUACAGCUGUCGCCUACACCUGCGGACAACAAAGAUGUGCAAAGUUUGGCUACCAUACACAACUAUAACGAUGGCUUUGGGCUGCUGGCAAAUAAUGAGAAAAACGCUGCUGACAUUGGCGUGCAAACAGAUCCAGAGCUGGAGCUUACAAUUGAGCCGCAGUUUAAUACCAUAAAUCGCACCAAAACAAUUAUACUGGCCAACAGCAACAAAGUGCAGGCUUUUAUUAACGAGUGGUUCAUGGAGCAUCCCAGCGGCAAAGUGCAUCAGAUACUGAUUGUUAUUGUUAUGGGCAUGAUUGCUUUAUUCUGGUAUACGUGCAGCACUAUGCGUGAGCUGCAGAAGCAGAGCGAGAAUGGCUCCAAAACGCUGGUGCCUACAGGUGGCAGCGCUAAUGGCAGCAAUGGUAGCAAUGGCAGCAACAUAAGCGCGCAGGAUCUGGUAGACUUGGGCAAUGGACAAGUGCGCGUGGGCAAAAUAAGCUUCAAUUCGAAUGAGGUGCUGGGCAAAGGCUGCGAGGGCACUUUUGUUUUCAAAGGCAACUUUGAGGAGCGCUUUGUUGCUGUCAAACGGCUGCUGCCUGAGUGUUUUACCUUUGCGGAUCGUGAGGUGGCGCUGCUGCGUGAAUCUGAUGCACAUGAGAAUGUUGUGCGUUACUUUUGCACCGAGCAGGAUCGACAGUUUCGCUAUAUUGCUGUGGAGCUUUGCGCUGCUACGCUGCAGGAUUAUACAGAGGGCGAGCGCGCGCUGGAGCUGCGUGAGCACAUUGAUAUAUGGCAGGUGCUUAUACAGUCCUCAGCUGGGCUUAGUCAUCUGCAUUCACUUGAUAUAGUACAUCGCGACAUUAAACCGCAGAAUGUGCUGCUAUCGCUACCCGAUGCUAAAGGCAAGGUGCGUGUUAUGAUCUCGGACUUUGGUCUUUGCAAGAAACUUAACUUUGGACGCACCAGCUUUUCACGUCGCUCCGGCGUCACAGGCACUGAUGGCUGGAUAGCGCCCGAAAUGAUGCGCGCCCAACGCACCACUACAGCUGUGGAUAUAUUCUCGCUGGGCUGCGUUUACUACUAUGUGCUAAGCGGUGGUCAUCAUGCCUUUGGUGACACGCUUAAGCGCCAGGCCAACAUACUUUCCCACGAGUACACGCUGGCCAAGCUGCGUGCUGAGGACGACAGCGAGCAUAACAAAAUUAUAUUAGCGGAGCAGCUUAUAUCUGAUAUGAUACACAAGGAUCCGCAGUCGCGUCCGCCCGCACGCUGCAUUGGCAAUCAUCCUUUAUUCUGGGAUGAGCCUAAGAUGCUUAGUUUUCUGCAGGACGUGAGCGAUCGCGUGGAGAAGCUGCAAUUCCAUGCUGAGCCGCUCAAAUCUUUGGAGAAAAACGGACGCAUUGUUGUGCUCGAAGAUUGGAACAUGCACUUGGAUGCGCUAAUCACCGACGAUCUGCGUAAAUAUCGCGGCUAUAUGGGCGCUAGCGUGCGCGAUUUGCUGCGCGCGCUGCGCAAUAAGAAGCAUCACUAUCAUGAGCUGACGCCAGAGGCGCAGGAGCUGCUUGGCAGCAUACCACACGAGUUCACCAACUACUGGGUGGAGCGCUUUCCACAGCUCAUAUCACAUGCCUAUCAUGCCUUCAGUAUUUGCUCAAACGAACCCGUUUUCAAGCCCUACUACAGCGCGGGCUAUCAUUUCUCGCGUCCUUGGUACUUUGAUGCCGACGAUGCGCUGUUUCCCAUGCUAAUGCGUGAUCCCAAGCCCAUGCCCAAGACAGGUAGUCCCAAGAAGACGCCGCCGCCGCCUGCUUCGAUGCUGAAGCAGCGCAAGGGCGCCUACAACUUUCGCAAGCCAGUCAAUGAGGAGCCCAUGGCUGGCGUCGGACUGCAGCGCAAUCUGGAGCUGGAUGGCCAAGCGCUGGAUGCUGCUGAUGCUGGCAAACGUGAUGUGUUUGCCAAUUUCAAGUUCCGCCGCACCAAGGCAAGCAAUCGUAACUAUGCAGGCAAUAAGGAGCAGGAGAAGGAAAAGUUUGUUAGCUGGACUCUGCCCUCAACCGCACAGGAUUAAAUACACAUGCAAUCAGUGUGGCAAUUUUGUUUAUUUAAUGUAAUGUAAUUUAGUUUAAUUUUUAGCAUAAAUAUUAUUAUUAUUAUUUAAAAUGUGCAAUUUUUAUGCAACUAUUCCAAGAUAAUUCCCAAUUUAAAUUCGUGUUUCUUAGCAAAAUGUUUCAAAACGUACUGAAGUUCAUACGAUAUAUAUAUUAAGUUUGAAGAAAUGAUAAGUGUGUUUUGCACACAAUUCAACUGUGAUAAUAAUUAAUAUUUAUAUAUUUCGAUGUAGUGCCGAAAUUUAUAUAGCAAAUAGUUAAAGUUAUAUAUUUUCAUUAUUAAAGCAUUCAUUGCAGUGCCUCCGCAUGUUACUGAGGCACUCGUUGUAUUUGCUACAACUUGUAGUUUAUAUAAACUUUAUAUAUAAAAAAAAUUGCACCUAGUAUUAAACAUUUCGUAACUGCAACCAAACCUUUUUUUCUAAUUAAAACCUAAACAAGUUAAUGGCCUUGAUUGCAAUUUUAUACAGCUUCACUUAAAAUAUAUAUAUAAAAAUCAA